AUGGCCACCCACUGGACUGACGAGUCAAUCUUUGACUCGUACAACAUUUUUGAAGAGACUUUCAAGAUUGUCUCGUCCCAUGAGAUUAAGGCUGCUGUCUUGAUCCCCAAAACUCUCAAGCCAGGCUCCCACCCCGUCAUCUAUCACCUCCACGGUGGAUUUCUCGUCACCGGGUAUGGCUUGUUCCCUGCCUUCUUCCCGAAGUGGGUUGACAAGCUAGCUCUCAAGCACUCGGCUAUUAUUGUAUCGCCUGAUCACCGCCUCUUGCCCUCUGAAAAUGGCGUGGCCGAUGUGCUCGAGGAUCUUGAAGACUGCUGGCAGUGGACAAAGCUGAAGCUACCCGGCAUCCUCGAGACCAAGGCUACCGGCCACUUUCUUGACUUUUCGCACACACUACUCGCUGGUGGCUCAGCUGGUGGCUACUGUGCGACAGAGCUCGCUCUCUCACACCCUGACGAUUUUCGAACUCUCGCAAUUGUUUAUCCCUUUUUGGAUCCCAGGGACAAGGUGUACGUCGAGGGCCCAGGACCUGAUGAGCCCACCAUUCUUCGGGCAGACCUAAAGGACAUGCCAUCCAAGGAAGAGACACUGGCUUGGAUCGAGGAGACCCGCAAGGCGCCUCAUUCCAAAGACGGGCUGGACAGGAUUCCCUUUCCAAUUGCAGCUUGUCAUGCUGGCAUCUUUGCGUCAGACAUUUUUGACAACAAGGGUCUGAACAGGAGGGAAUUCUUUCCACUGGAGAGAAUCGAGGCUAGCGAGAGGCUGCCUCCAAGGAUAUGGUUGAUGCAUGGGGAUGAUGACGCGACCGUGCCAAUUAGGGGAACUUACAAGUUUAUCAAUCUUGUCCGCGAGAAGCUCCCGCAGACAAUUUUGAGAUUCGAUGUCUGCCCUGGCCAAGAUCAUGCGUUUGACUUUGACGAAAGUGCUUGGGAGUCAUUCGCCUCAGAGGCGCUGGACUUUGUCACUAAAGGGUGGCUCGUCGAGGGCUGA